AUGGAUGAUUCUACAAAGAUUGUCCUCUUUGGCCUAUCAGUGUCUGACAUGAUUUAUUCAUGUUGUGAAACAUAUAAUAGAAUUAUUAUGAUUUCUUCAAGAGUUGAUUUGUUUUUGGCUUACAAACUUUUUGCGUACUACGCUACUAGUUUUUUUUUCAUGAGUGCAAUUGCUCUGGUCACCAGCGUUUGGCUAGUGUCACUUAUCUCUAUUGAGAGAAUGAUUGCCGUUUGUUUUCCAUUCCACGUUUCAAGACUCAUGUCUCCCACAAGAAUGAGCUGCAUGGUUGUGUUUGUAUUUACAUUUAUAACUUUUCUUUUUAGUCCUUUAUGCGGGAGAUUUUACUUAGAUUGGGCAUUUGAUCCAAGAUACAAUAAAACUUUACUGACCUAUUUUCAAAGAAAAGAAUAUGAUGAAAACGAAUGGUGGAUAGAUAUUAUAUUAAUUUAUAUUUUACCACCCGUUGUAUCUACUGUGCCCAUGAUCACUAUACUAAUUUGCACUUUUGCAACAAUUUUAAAACUGAUAACGGCAAACAACAAUUUCGGUAAGCUGUCAACAUCAAGAACCAAGCGUGUCAAUGAAAUAAGAUCCAUAAAAAUAUCUCUGAUCAUUUGUUGCAGUAUGGCUUUUUCAACAUUAAUACCUAACGCCUUUCUUGACGCUUAUCCAACAAUUGCUGGUGAGAACGUACCGCUAGAGAUAUUGAUCAUGAUAAAAGCAUUUACUCAACUAGCUGUCCAAAUCAACGCUACUAUGAACUUCUUUAUAUAUGUAGCUUUGAGUUCCAAAUUCAAAUCCACAUGUUUUAAUUUGAUUCAGUGCAAACAUUUAAAACAGAAC